AUGUGUGAGGAAAACGAAAACAAGGAUUCUGAAUAUAUCGAAACAACCCCCGUAGAAAACGGAUACAAUUCGGAACGUUUUAAGCAUUUGUGGUUUUUGUGCGAGAAUUGUGAGACCCUUAUAUAUAAGAAAUCUUUACUAGAACAAAAAGGUGUUUGUGCAGAAUGUGGAGCAACUCUGCAAAUGACUAGUUCAGAGCGAAUUGAACUAUUAAUUGAUAAUGGCACUUGGCGUUCUAUAAACACGAAGUUAUCUAGUAUAGAUGUUUUAGAGAAAAAACAUACGACGUUUGACAUCAAAAUGGUUCGAAAGGUCUCAAUUUUAUUGUACAAAGUAAUUUCUGGCAAAUAUUUUUACAAAGAAUUUUUUAAAAAUAAAUAUUACAAUAAAGCAUUGAGAAUAUUAGUAGCAUACAACAAUACUCUUGUUAAUAUCCUUAAGGUUGCACUAGGAUCGAAAUUCAUAAAAUAUUUGAAUUUAGAUUCAAAAGAAACUAUUAAGAUACUACAAGAUAUUAUUGAUACAGGGUUGAAAACAGCUCAAUUUGCACUAUUUGAAAUACGUAAAAAAAUAAAAAAUGAAUUCUAUAGGUUUGCGCUUUUAAAUAAAGCAUUUGAAAAUAAGCAAAUUUCUAGCUUGCUUGCUCAAAAUUUGGAAGAUAGGAGGGAUGACGAGUCUGAAAUCAUUUCUAUAGAAUUUGAUAGAAUGGCGUUUAGAGUUCAAACAUUCCUCAUUUUAGAAUCACUAUUGAAAUUAAAUACACAAUUAGCCGAUGUAAAAGAACAAUUACUAUCACAAGAUAAGUUCUUGAAAGCAGUGGCGACAAGCUUAGUGAAAAAAGAACUUUAUUUUCCGGAAGACAAAAGAAAAACAAGGAAAAUAAAAAAAAUAUUUCCUUUUUAUCCAGGAACUGACCCAGAGACAGAUUACUUUUUAUGGCUGCGAACACAUAUGGCGAUCUCUUUGAUGGAAAGAUAUCUGGUCUUGAAAGAAUUUAAAUAUUGGUUUAGAAAUCGUUAUUGUGGUUUACUGGAAGAAGAAUUUCCUCGGUUUGGUUCUGAUAUUCUAAUAGAAUACGUUAAAAAACAAGAUCGCUAUGAAUCUUAUAAUAUGAUAGAUCAUAUCAUGCAGGAUGAUCUACACACUAGUACAAAUAGUGUUGAGUUAUUUCAACAAAUAAAUCUCUUGUUCCAUCACAAGAACAAUGAAAAAGAUUGUGACAAUAAUUUUUUGUCGUAUACUGAAAAUACUAAGGGAAUUUAUUUCUGUUUACUAGAGAUAAUGAAACAGUUUUCUACAUUAACACUAGAUUCCAAAGAUAAAUUUCCUAAGAAAAAAGGAAGAGAUACUAAAGAUACUGAAGAUAUUGAAGAUAUUGAUGAGGAGGAUAUUGAAGAAGAAUAUCCUUUAACUUAUGACUCUUUAACUAAAGAAGAAAAAGAAUAUGUCGACGCUAACAUAGAACUAAUUAAGAGUACAUUUAAUCUAGGAAAGGAAGAAUUUAUAGAAACAGAAGAACAGUCUUAUCAAGAUUAUAACACUUCCUAUAAAAAAGAAACAGGUUUACCCGACGCUAUUCAAACAGGCGUAGGUGAAAUAAAUGGUAUUUCUAUUGCACUCGGAGUUAUGGAUUUUCAGUUCAUGGGAGGCAGUAUGGGCUCGGUAGUGGGUGAAAAAAUAACCCGUUUAAUACAGUUUGCUACUGAGAAUUUUCUUCCAUUAAUUCUCGUAUGUGCUUCUGGCGGAGCGCGCAUGCAAGAAGGAAGUUUUAGCUUAAUGCAAAUGAAUAAAAUAGCUGCUAUGUUGCAUACAUAUCAAAAGGAGAAAAAUUUACUAUAUAUUUCAGUUCUUACAUCUCCGACAACUGGUGGAGUCACUGCUAGUUUUGGUAUGUUGGCUAAUGUCACGAUUGUUGAGCCUAAUGCAUACAUUGCAUUUGCAGGUAAAAGAGUUAUUGAACAGACAUUAAACCAGAUAGUAGAUGAUGAAGAUCAAAUAUCUGAUUCUUUAUUUGAUUUUGGAAUGUUUGAUAGCAUGGUUCCACGAGCUCUUUUAAAAAAUGUUCUAAGCGAGACAAUUGAAAUAUACAUGUAUGGUGAUUGAAAGGUCAGAAUAAUUCAUUCUAUUUUAAGAUUCCCAAAAACAAUUCUUGAUCCCUUAAGAAUUGUUUUUUUGGGGAUCAAAAUAACACAGAAAGUUUUUCAAUUAUGUAGAGGUUUUUACCUUUUUAUAGUAUAAAUUUAUACUAUAAAUAAUGUAUUUAUAAUACAUUCUAUUUUUAUAUUAUUCCAAACGUAAAUAUAUAAUAGAAAAAAACUUAUGUCGAUUAUAACAUAUUAUAUCUUUUAUUCUAAAUUUACUACAAAAAAUGUAAAUGUAUUUAUAGUACAUCUGUAAUUCAUUUACAGAAUAAGAAUUUUAUCCAUUUACAGAAUAAGAAUUCUGUCGAUUUUCAAAUUCACAUUGGAAAACUAAAAGAAAAGAAAUAGUAAGAAUGUUUUCUAGCAAAAAACCAUUUUCUUAUUUUUUUUCAUAUUGUAUCAAAUAGGAAUAGUGUGGUAAAGGUAAUUUAACUUAUUACGUUGUAAAGUGAGAUAAAAAAAAUAGCGUAGAAAAGCUUUUUAGUAGGUUUCCUCCGAGCUUUAUGAAGGUUCCAUAUCCGCAUUUUUUUGUAACAAAAAAUCGUUUCAAUCGAUUUUUAUGAAAAGAAUGACAAAAACAAAAAUUCUCUGUUUUUUUGUUUUUGGCUUCUUUAACUGAGAAAGAGUAAAAAAGAGAGUAGUUGAGCAUGGACGUAGCAAAUGUGCCGAAAGUGCCCUAUCAAGGGCCCGAAGAGGAGGAAGCAAACUGGGUCGAAUUAUAUCACCGAUUAUUUUUUGGUAGAUAUAUUAUCCUAGCUAGACCACUCGAAAAACAACCGGCUGAUCAAAUCAUGAAAAGUAUGAUUUAUUUAAACCAAGAAGAUCAAACAAAGGAUUUUAUGUUUUUUCUUCACUGUCGAGGUGGAGGAAUGGUACAGGGAGUCGCUGUUUACGAUACUAUGCAAUACGUAACAGGGGAUGUAUUUACAAUAGGCGUCGGGUUAAAUGCUUCAAUGGGAGCUUUCCUUCUACACGGGGGGACGUUUACUAAACGGGUAAUGACCCAAAACGCAUCAAUUAUGAUCCACCAACCCCAUAUGUCUCCUUAUGAUCGUCGCGCCACUUCAAUAGAAUCAAGCUUCGAUUCAGAGUAUCUGGGCCUUUUGCGUUCGUAUGUUGCGCGAACUUAUUUAAGAAGAACAAAGCAAGAUUUCGAACUAAUUUGUUAUCUAUUAGAACGAGAUAUUUAUAUGACACCAGACCAAGCAGUAGAGUUUGGUCUUAUCGACGAAAUCGGCGUAGAAGGACUCGGUUUUUCAGAUACAUUAGAUACAUUGUUUAUUCAUGACGAUGCUGAUGCCCAUGAUAAUAGUUUUGCGAAUUUUAUUCGUGAUUUUGCUCGUGAUCGUGAGGAUCGCAGCAUUGACCGUCGGCCUGCGGAAUGGUUUUCACCAUGGAAUCCCACAACAUUGGAUUCUAACAGGCCAAACAAUAUACCCGUCCUGGACCAUCGCAAGGCAAGGAAUAUAGUUUUGCGAGGGGAAAAUGAUAGUGCAAAAACAUUACAAACUACAGUUCUGUAGGAGAAACUAUAGGUCUCCGAAAAAUUUGGAUUUGUUUUUUGCUGGGUUUCCGGUUCUCCCCCAGUAAUAUUCUAUUACCGGCAAUAAUACCGACUCUUCUUCCUUCCUAAAUAAAGACUCGCAGUAAUCAAAAGGUUCUUUUUUUUUUUUACAGCAAAGGUAUGUCCGUCGAGCAAAUAGGACCUCUUUCGCAAAACAAACGUUUGAAUAAAACGUUUUAUAAAACCUAAAAAAAAAAAAAAUAUAAUAUAACGUUUUACAAAACCUAAAAAAAAAUAUAAUAGAUUUCUAAAUCUAAUAAAUCGGCAAUAUAAUAAAACGUUUUACAAAACCUAAAAAAAAAUAUAAUAGAUUUCUAAAUCUAAUAAAUCGGCAAUUUAAUAAAACGUUUUAUAAAACCUAAAAAAAAAAAUAUAUAAUAGAUUUCUAAAUCUAAUAAAUCGGCAAUUUCAAAAUAUAAUAUAGAGUUCUAACUCUAUAGAACUAUUAUAUAUAGUUAAUGCUCUUUCGCAACAUUAACUAAAUUUCUUCUAAAUGAAUUUAGAUUGCAUUCCAGAAAUGCAGCAUUAAUUGAUAAAAAAAAAAUAUU